GGUGGUCCCGCCUCCUAAUUUGGGCUGCAGCCCAGGCACCGCAGCCCGAUCCCCGCCAGUCCAGCGAGCGGUCAUGGGCUCGGGUCCGCGCUGCUCGCUCGCCGCCCGCGGGCUCCUGGCGCUGCUGCUGCUGGUGGUGCUGCCGCGGCCCGGAAGAUCAUGUGAAAUACUAAGACUAGAAAAUGGCAAGGUUGUUUUAACAGACACGAGGACUCACAUGCGAGCAGACUUCUCCUGCAAUGAAGGGUACAGAUUAAUUGGAGCGACUUCUGCCCAAUGUUAUAAACGAAGUAAAACUGGUUGGAAUGAGAGUGUUCCAGUUUGCCAAGUUUCAGUUCAGUGUCCGAAGCCAAAGGUACAAAAUGGAAAUGUGGUCAAUGCACUGGAUGACAAAAUGUGGUACAAUGUGACUGAAACCAUUCCCUUCAAAUGCUCUCCUGACUACCAGCUUUCAAACCAUUCCCACCUGCCUGCAGCAGACAGAUUUAAUAUUACUUGUUUAGCAGACGGCAACUGGACAGAGAUACCACAGUGUGAAAAGCGAAGCACUACUGAUGCAUGCAAGCUGGUUCCGAAGAGAGAAGAGUUUAUGGAGUGUGAUGUGCCUCUGGAGCAUCUGAAAAUGCUGCUGCAAGUGCAGAAACUCUACCUGGAGAUUGAAAAACUGAUGCACGAACCAAAGUCAGACUGAGUAGCUGAGACCUGUGAUCCAUAGUGUGAUACUGUCUCCCUUUUGGGUGCAGAUCAUAUAAUUACACUACAAAAGGAUGAUUCUUACUGAUUUCAUAAAACUUGCUAAUGUAGCAAUAACUCUGAAUAGGCGGUAAAUAGAGAUUAGAUUUCCUUCCUCGGUAUUGGUUUUCAGGGGAGGGAGGUUCUUUCCAUUUAAAUUUCACAAAUUUGUAUUUCCACAGAUACCCUAGGAAUUUCUGGCCCUUGUUGGGAUUAUUGUAAAGGACUGAAAUCAAAUUUUGUUUUACUUAGUUAAUGAAAUAGCUUGGCAGCUGAUCAGUUGAUACACUCUACAGAUCCUAUGCAAAAAGGAAUAUAAGACUAAGUUCAGCUUUCAAUGUAUGCAGCAGUUGCAGGAUGUGAAGAAUGUUAAUGCACCAAAACAUCCCCAUUCACCACUUUGAAUUUGUAUUUAACUGCUCAGUUCCCACAUAUGCUAAGAGUAGUGAUAAUAAAAUGCUUGUUCUACUUCCAAAACAGAAGUCAGGAAAGCCUAUUCUCUCCCUUGUCCAGUCAAUUAUAAAGUCAGCAGGAUAUUUGCUUUUAGGGGGACAACCUUCCCAAACUAAGCUAUUUAUGGAAUCCUUUAUCACCUGUGGCACUUCUGUAGCUGUCCUCUGACACACCAGGAAUAGCUGACAGAGGGCUAAAGUGUAGAGAAGCAAUCAGUUGAGCCUUUCCCCCAUUAUUCAGUAAAUGAUACUGGUGUUCUAACCUAUACUUUUGUGAUUAAGCAAUUUUUCUGCCCUUAGGGGCUACAAUAAAAUAGUUGAUUUUUU